CACCUUGGAUAGUUUUCGCCGGCACGGAGCCGCCGUCAAUAGGUUUGACUGCGGAGUGUUGCUGUGGUGGAGAUCUGCAGGAAUUCUAGUCUUAUUAACAAAGACGAGGUUAUUUUUACAAUCGCUUUUCUCUUUUUUUCUCUGCCUGUGAAGGCACAGCCUUUUGUCUCCCCCUCACUGAAUCAUACGUAUGUGUGGAAAGAGACUGCAGCGUGUGAAAGCCGAUCUGUGUCAGAAGGAGCAUCCAGACAGCAUGGAAUCGUCAUCUUCUUCUGAACGCGAAGCGCACGCACGCUUCCUGGAUUUACCUUUACCCCUGGAUCUCGCUGGAUCUGUGCCUCUCUCUCCCAUUCGGAGCCGUGAGUAUGUUUGCUAGCACAAAGUUUUCUAAUCAUUAGGUAAUCGUAUCUUUUCCGACAAUGAAGCUUUUAGCCUAAAGUGCGAGGAGGAGGGAAAAAUCAAUAGCUCUGCUGAAAUAGUUUUUGUGGCUCGGCUGGCUCUAAUGAUCAGCCGGAAAACUGGAGUCCUCCGAGUGUGGCCAUGCCUAAGAAGAAAAGGACUACAACAACACCAAUCGUUUCUUUUUUACCAGGGCAGCGCUGUGAAUGCCAGCAUCUAUAUUUAAUGCACAGUGGAAGGCUCGCUUUUGCUUUUAAGAAAGUGAUGUGAUUGAUACCUGCUCGUGGACGAUCUUGUAUCCCCGGUCCAUUUAGAUUAAGAAUCCCUGGAGAACUGUGGGCUUUCGACUGCAACACUUGCCAGUUAAUUGAACCCAUUUCCUGCUUCUUCAGGCUCUUAGGUUCUCCCCCAUGCACAGAGAGCUCCCUGGUCCUUCAUUGAUCCUCUCUCAGGUCUCAGCUCGUCUCGAGCUAGAGUCACAGCCCAGAGUAGCUUGCAUCGCUUGUGGGCAGCUCGAUCACCUCCUCCCUUCUUGCUGCCCACUCCACCUUCCAGCAUGAGACUGCUACACACUUGAUCUCCCAGCUGGUGAGGACAGGAAGGUUGUGAGUUGGCCGACGAAUGGAUUUUGAGCUGUCGCGCUUGCAUUAUUCCGCUGUCGGAUCCGUGAGAGGAUGCUGUAACCUUAUCCAGGUGCACCCUCCCUCUUGUGCCACGCUUCCACUUUCCGAACUGCUUCGGCGCUUGACAGCUGUUGCGGCUCUGUCCUGGCCCCAAGGGCUGUGAUGAACUACAUCUUCGGGAACAACACGCUGUACCCGCGAGGCGGUCGGGCCAACACCGCAUCUGGACAUGCCGCCCCAGGGUCCAAACAGAGGCAGUGGGCCAAGCGGAGCUCCAGUGAGGAACUGCCUUCGUCUUCCUCUCGCUGGCAGCAGCUGCUGGCCUUCUUCACGCGACGCGGUGCCUUCAGCGACUGCAUCACGGCAGGAGCGAGCCAGCAGGCAGAUGUCAUUCCUCCCUCCGCUCCCAUAAUCCCUGUGAUCCCUAUCUCACCCGUCCCAGCCGAGACCACUGCCAUUCCUGCACCCACGUCACAGGCAAGCCCCGCACCGGUGGUGGUGAACACAGAAAGCCUUGACACCUCGCCCUAUGUAAGUCCAUAUGUGAAUGGAACAGAAGCUGAUUAUGAAUAUGAAGAAAUUACACUUGAACGGGGGAACUCAGGCCUGGGUUUCAGUAUUGCAGGCGGUACCGAUAACCCCCACAUCGGCGAGGACCCAAGUAUCUUUAUCACAAAGAUCAUCCCAGGAGGAGCUGCCGCACAGGAUGGCAGACUCAGAGUUAAUGACUGUAUACUGCGGGUAAAUGAUGUAGACGUGAGAGACGUAACUCACAGCAAUGCUGUGGAGGCACUCAAGGAGGCGGGCUGCAUUGUCAGACUGUAUGUCAGAAGAAGAAAAGCUGUCACAGAAAAAAUCAUGGAUGUAAAGCUGGUAAAAGGUCCAAAAGGUCUAGGUUUCAGUAUAGCCGGAGGAGUUGGAAACCAACAUAUUCCUGGGGACAACAGUAUUUAUAUCACCAAAAUCAUUGAGGGAGGAGCGGCCCACAAAGAUGGACGGCUACAGAUUGGAGAUAAACUCAUGGCUGUGAAUGCUGUUUGCCUUGAAGAGGUCACUCAUGAAGAUGCCGUGGCUGCCUUGAAAAACACCCCUGAUGUCGUCUAUUUAAAAGUGGCAAAACCCACUAGUGUCUUUAUGAAUGAUAGUUACGUUCCUCCCGAUGUCACCAGCUCCUAUUCCCAGCACAUGGAGAACCAUAUCAGCACCCAAAGCUAUCUGAGUCAGCCGUUAACCCCCGCCACCCCAUCUCGGUACUCUCCUAUCUCAAAAGGCAUGCUGGGAGAUGAUGAGAUCACAAGGUGAGCCUUUGCC